GAAGACGAAGACGAUGAUGAUGAUGAUGAUGAAGAAGAAGAUUCUCCGCGCUGAAGGAGAGUAAAUGUGUGUCUUUCAUCUGUUUUAUUUCUUCAGUGAUUUCACAAGUUUGAUUUCCAGUGUUUAUUUUCGGCGGGAGAAUUGUAAAACUCCAGGAAACAAGUGAAAUCUGUGUGACACUGUUGUAAAGAUGUUUAUUAAAGAGGAGAGUGAAGAUAUGGCUUAUCCAGAAGCAUGCAGAAUUAAAACCGAACACACUGACGAACAAACAGACUUGAUGGAAAUGAAAGAGGAAAAUCAAGAACCAAUAGAAGUGAAAGAAGAAAGUGAAGAACUGAAUGAAGUGGAAGAGGAACAGCAGUAUCAGAAUCAUCAUUUCAUAACUAAAAAAAGAUAUUUUAGUUGCUCACAGACUAAGAAGAAUUCCUCAAAAAACAAAACUCAAGCCCAAAAUUCCUUCACCUGCCCUCAGUGUGGAAAUAGUUUCAAUCAUAAAGGAAGUCUUAGAAGACACAUUAGAAUUCACACCGGAGAGAAACCUUUCACAUGUCCUCAGUGUGGAAAGAGUUUCAGACAGAAACAAAGUCUUCAGACACACAUGUUAAUUCACACUGGAGAGAAACCUUUCAAAUGCCAUCAGUGUGGAAAGCGUAUAACACGGAAAGAGAGUCUUAAGAUACACAUAAGAAUUCACAAUGGAGAGAAGCCUUUCACGUGCUCUCAGUGUGGAAAGAGUUUCGUACGGAAAGGAGAUCUUAACAUGCACAUGAAAACUCACACUGGAGAGAAGCCUUACAUAUGCCAUCAGUGUGGAAAGAGUUUCAUACGGAAAGGAGAUCUUAACAUGCACAUGAAAAUUCACACUGGAGAGAAGCCUUUCACAUGCCUUCAGUGUGGAAAGGGUUUCUGUCGCUCAGAUGCCCUGAAAAAACAUGAGAGAGUGCAUACUGGAGAGAAGCCAUAACAACAGACUUAAUUUGGGAAAAGUCAAAGAAAAGGGCAUUGCCCAGUUGUUGUUGUGAGCAAAACUGAAAGACAAGACAAAAAGAAAAAAAGAACAUGAAAUAAUAUAUACAGUAUAACUCUUAAGACCACUAUUCAUACAACUUUUCUUUCUUCCAAAAUAAGAAUUAAGUAAAUAAAAUAAAAUUGAAACUAUAACAAAGGCAAAACCAUUUGUGUUACAAAUAUAAUUAUAUAUAUAUAUAUAUAUAUAUAUAUAUAUAUAUAUAUAUAUAUACACCUUAAUCUCAGUUAAUCUUCAAAAAACCUCACCAGUUUUGCCCAUUUUUUUAAAAAACAUUUCUUUUUUACCAGUUUGAACUCUUCUCACUCUUUCUCUAAUUUGUAAUAGUGCUUUAAAUAUAUUUUAAAUACAGGUAGAAAUAAACCUUUACCAUCAACCAUUUUGAAAAUAUAUACUUUUAUCAUACAAAAUAAUACUAGAGGUAAAUAAAUCUUUUUGUGUACAAUCACCCCAAAGUAUUAUGUAUAGAUGCAAUGGAAAAUGUAUUUAAAAUGCAGCAAGCCAUUUCGCUAUAUUGAACCACAAAGAAGCAUCACUAGGACAAUACCAAAAAUAAAUGCAUAAUAUUUUCUUCCUCUUCUGAACAAAAUCUACAGGAGAAGUCUAAUUCAGUGUUUCAUUUACAUAACAUCUUUUUUGUUGGCAUUAUUUUAUAAAAUAAUUUAAAUUGGAAAGCCUGCAUUUGUACACUUGAUGAUGUUUGGUAAAGCAUCCAAAAACAUAACUUCACGGAAUAGAUAUAUCAAAAAGGUCUUCCCAAUAAUCCCUAAAGCGUUGUGGAGACAAACAUAAUUUUUUAUGUUGUAAGGCAAACUUAUAUGUCUUUAUUAAUUUUCAAAUUCCUCAGCCAUUUAUAGUUUUUCAUAUUUGGACGGCAAGUAAUGAUAAAUUCCUUAGAUAUUUUUUACUUCUUUUUUCCAGUUUACAGGUAUGGCAGAUAGUAAUUGUCUAUAACAAAAACUUGAACAUUUCCAUAUUUCUUUAUAAAUUCAUCAUAAUUACUGAAAAACAAACCUAUUCAACAAGAUCAUUUAUAAAGUAAAUAUGAUUCUAAAUAAAUAUCUCCCAAAAUAAACAUUGUCCUCCAAUUACUAUAUUCUGAUUACACCAUAAAAGCUGCUGAAGUAUCUCUACGGUUGAAUCAGGCCAUUAUGGCAUCUUUAAAGAAAGGAGGAAGAUUAUGAAAGGGAGAUGGUAUUGUUUCUACAGACAUUCUAUCCCAUUGAGAAAAAAAAAAAGAGGAAAUCAUUUACAUGAUAGAUAUUGCCAAAUUCAUACAAGAAAGAAUUUAAGAUGUGAACCAAUUUUGAUUUAUAUUUUGAUUCAGUUUUGAUAUGUCAGUUAGAGUUAGGGUGCUUGAGUCCGGUCUAAAGUCCAACUUUUAAUGGACUUGGAGUCAUCACAGACUUUCUGAAUUUUUACUUGAGCUUGAGUCAGACUCGAGUCCAGCCGAGUCCAUGGCAUUUGUGACACACUGAUAAUAAAAGAAAAAGUACAAAAUAAAAUAAUAAAAACAAUAAAUAAAUGAAAGUGUUUCUGUCUGCAUGGAGCUGUAGCACCCCUUUAUGUCAUAGCCAGAAUUUGUUCCACCGUGUUAAACAUGCACAGGCGGUAAAAGAGCACAGGCUACUGCUUUCCCCUUUGGUGGAAGUGUUUGUGCUCACACAAUCAAGCACUUCAUUAAGACAAGUCACUCCAUCUUGAAGGUCCAUAAUCACUUAAUGAAUAAACUGUUUCACUUUUCAAAUAGUGUGUUAAUUGUUAGUUUUAAAGCUGGAAGCAGCUCUUAACUGAUUAAAUAAACAGUUUAUUAUUGAUUUACUGUAUUUUCAAGGCAUUGACGAGCUGCUUAAAAUUCCAGCAUACUUCCAGUAUUCACAAAAUGCAACCAUCUACAAUAAAAUAUUAGGAUAUUAUGGACAGCAAAAUGUUUUGUUUAGAAUUUAAUCCUAUACAGUUUAUUAUUCGAUGGCAGAAUUUGUGAAUCUAAAUUUUAUGUAACAAGUUGAAUUUAGUUGGUUAUGAUGUUUUUUUUUUGUUGUUUUUUUUUUUUUUUUAAACCACUGGGUACCUUAUUUACUUCAUGCUUUUUAUAUCUUUGACACGUUUUGAAGGACAACUUUGUUAAUUGUAUGAAUCUGUAUUACUAUGUGCUGUGUUGAAUGUCAACAGAACGCAAUAAGAAGUGGAGAUGUAACUAUAUAAAAAAAAAUCUAGUUCUUUGAGUUUUGUCUUUAUACACUUCUAGCACAGGCCUAUGCGUUUGUUCUGAAACCACUUUGAAGUUUGUUCAGCAGGAUACGAAUUACGAGAUAUUUAUAUGAAAUGCAACAGAGGGAUGUUUUUGUUACAUGUAUAUUGACAGAUUGUUUUUCUUAGUUGUGAAAAAAUAAGCUUAAAGUAUUGAUGUAGUGGCUCAGUGUGUGUUGCAUUUACUGUUACAGUUUGAAUUCAGAUUCAUUCAGACUUUACUUGAAUUUGACUCUGCCUGUCACAUACUCUUUAAAGCAAACUGAAAGUAAUGGUAUGAAAUUCAUAAAUUCAAAGAGCAAUUACACAUUCUAUUUAGCAACAAAAAAUGUAAAUAUAAUGUAUAUAUACAGUGUCUACAAAAGUCUACACACCUGGUAAAAUAGCAGGUUUUUGUUAAAAUGUACGAGAUGAAACAAGAUAAAUCAUGUUACAUCAUUUUCCACCUUUGAUUCAACUAAAGAACAAAGUGGAAACUUAAGAGAAAAAAUAAAAGACAAUAACCUGGUUACAUAA